AUGUAUCCACAUCCACAAUUGAACAGCUAUCUAAAUGGACUCAGUUUGCAGACGUCGAAAAUAAUUGUCAAUCGAACAGUCUAUAAAGCCUUGCAAGAGAAAUACACGCGUGGCGGCCGAAAUUCAGAAUUUUUACGAGUUACUUCGAUACAACCACAAUGCUUUGCUCCACAUGUCGACGUAACGAGGGCAAAGUGUGGCUUUAAACAAUUUGCAUUGCCGAAACUCAAUAUGGAAUUGGGUAGCGAUGAUCCUCUGAUUGUAAGACAAGCGCUAACGACUUUAACGGAUCUAUUGUGUUAUCCCGAGAAAUUGUCCGAAGCUAUUCAAUUAAAUAUCCCCAACAGUCUAACAGAUUUCUUAGUAUCUAAUGAUCCUUACCUGCGGGAACGAGUGGCAAUGGCUUAUGCAACAAUAGCAAAUCAGGUAUCGGGAAAGGAGGCAAUUUUGAAGAAUCUUACCACUGUCGCUAAUUUAUCGAGAGGCCUCGACGAUUCUUUGGCAGCUGUGCGCUUGCAAGUAGCGCGUGUCCUGGAAGCUCUCGCUAACAACAAUUCCGCGGCGGAUAAGCUGUGCAUCUAUGGUUUCGUGAAAGCUAUAAGCGGAAAGCUUACCAACGAGAGAAAGGACAUAUUGAUCAUUUAUUUGAGCAUAUUGGAAUUAUUGUUUCAUCGAAACAGCAAAGCAGCUGCCAUAAAAAAUGGCUCGUUUGACGAAAUAGUGGCGUUGUUGAGUCGAAAAGACGAAAUUCUUUUAUGCAAAUCAUUGUCCUGUUUGCGCGUAUUAUGCGAGGAUCUAAGCGGAAAACAAAAAGCACUCGAAUUGGACUUACUAGUCAAAUUGAAGGAAUUGUUAACUGAUAAAAGGGAGUAUGUGAACCUUGAAGCAGCCCGGGUCAUGUCGUUCAUUACGAUUACGAGUCGUGGCAAGCUGCGUCUCCUGGAGCUGAGGAUGCCCUCCUUUCUGCUGCUCACGCUCACUCAGAAGUGCUGUCCCUCUCAGGAGCUGAUUUUAACGAAUGUCGCGGAGGCGCCCGAAGGUCGUAGAAUGCUACUCAAGUACGAGAGCCUCAUCGAGAACAUCGCCGUCGGCAAGAACCAAGUGCUACAGAGACACAGGCAAACCCUUUUGGACGUCGUUCGAUGGCGACCCUAGACCCCCACCCCAUGUGCCGUACCCAUGUCGUCGCAUCACCAGUCAUACUAUAUUACAUUUAUAUAUGCGCGC